AUGGAAUGUGACCAUGAAAUCACAAGUCAAGACAAUGGUAGAGAGAAGACGAGAUUUAAGAUUGCUCGGCGAAGGAUGAACAAAAGGAGAAUGAUAAUGUGCAUAAGCAAGAAUGAUCUUCUUCCUCGCUAUGCAAGCAGUGGAAGCAAGCAAAAAUUCACAUCAUCAUCUCCUCCAAGCCACGUGGUCUUCAAGUAUCUGGUGCCAUUACUAGCUGCCCUGGUCACCAUGCAGUAUCAAUCCAAAGGUGAGGAUCCAUUCGAAGCUCGGCCUAUCAAUAUGUGGUGCUUCUGUAUAGCCACUUCCAUCUACUGCCUCGCUAUGGGAAUAAGAAAUCAAAUUCAAACACCAAAAUACUUGCAAAUAUUCUUAAGCCAUGUUAUUCUCGUAGCUGGAGUUCUUUCUUCGGUCUCACUAGGAUCGGUUAUCCUCUCACCACGCUUCCCUGGGCAACUCAUUACUUUUGCUGUAUUGACAUUUUUACCAAUAAUAUUGGCUCGAAAUAUACUCAAGUGUGGAUAUUUUUGGAUCUACAAUGGAGUAACCAAUGUGGUUACCCUCAUCUUCCCCAACGUCGUCGUCAGAUGCAACGUGACAGCAGAGCCAAAUCCAUCUCAACCGGCGUAA